UUCCCGCCACUACUACUACGGUGAGUGUGCUGUGUGUUCCUUCUUCGCUGCUGCGACACCUCUCUCUAACUCUAAGGUUCAACAAACACGAACAUCGGCAAAGAUGUUGUGGGUUGAUAAGUAUCGUCCCAAAACCCUCGACCAGGUUAUGGUCCACGCCGACAUCGCUCAAAAUCUCAAGAAAUUGGUAACGGAACAGGAUUGCCCCCAUUUGCUCUUCUAUGGCCCAUCUGGGUCUGGCAAGAAAACCCUAGUCAUGGCCCUUCUCCGUCAAAUGUUCGGACCCGGAGCCGAAAAGGUGAAGGUGGAGAACAGGACGUGGAAAGUGAAUGCUGGGAGCAGAUCAAUUGAUCUAGAGCUAACAACAUUAGCAAGCGCCAAUCACAUUGAAAUGAGUCCAAGUGAUGCAGGAUUUCAGGACAGAUACGUUGUUCAGGAAGUAAUCAAAGAAAUGGCUAAGAAUAGACCCAUUGAUACUAAGGGGAAGAAAGGGUUUAAAGUACUUGUGCUCAAUGAUGUUGACAAACUCUCUAGAGAAGCCCAACAUUCUCUCCGCAGAACAAUGGAGAAAUACAGUGCUUAUUGCAGAUUAAUACUGUGUUGCAAUAGUUCUUCAAGAGUCACUGAAGCAAUCCGCUCUCGUUGUCUCAAUGUUCGAAUAAACGCACCACGAGAAGAGCAGAUUGUUGAAGUUUUAGAAUUCAUUGGUAAAAAAGAAGGGCUGCAACUUCCUCCUGGUUUUGCUGCUCGUAUCGCUGAAAAAUCAAAUAGGAAUUUAAGGAGGGCAAUUUUGUCAUUUGAGACUUGUCGUGUCCAACAGUAUCCUUUCACUGUCAAACAAACAAUUCCUCCAAUGGACUGGGAAGAAUAUAUUUCUGAAAUUGCAUCUGACAUAAUGAAGGAGCAGAGCCCAAAAAGGUUGUUUCAAGUUCGGGGAAAGCUUUAUGAACUGCUAAUCAAUUGCAUUCCUCCUGAGAUCAUUUUGAAGAGGCUCCUUUACGAGCUAUUGAGGAAACUGGAUGCAGAACUAAAGCACGAAGUUUGUCAUUGGGCUGCAUAUUAUGAACAUAGGAUGCGUCUUGGACAGAAGGCAAUUUUUCACAUUGAAGCAUUUGUGGCCAAGUUCAUGAGCAUUUAUAAAUCCUUCCUCAUCGCAACAUUUGGCUGAAGGUCUGAUGAUGGUUUGCUUUUCCGUUUAACAUGUUAAAUGAUGUCAUGCAUAUUUUAGUUUUCUCAAUAUAAUUUUGCAAGUCUUCUGCAACUGACAGAAUUCUGGUGACAUGCUUUAUUAAAUCUGCCUAGUCUUCGCAUCAUCAUGACACACCUUCCCCUGCUUGUAUAUGUUUCUGCUGUUUAUUUUUU